AUGAGCGCUUGGAAUGGGUUGGAGAUGCUUAUAUCUACAACAUUUCCACGCUUCUCAUUUCACAAACAUUCCCUGCUUUACUGCCUGGAAAGUGCUCUCAACUUCGCGAAAGACUUGUCAAAAAUAUCACUUUGGCGGAUUAUGCUCGGAAAUAUGGUUUCGACAAGCGCGCCAGACUGCCAGAACAAUACCAGAACCAGGACACAACUAAAAUUAUGGGAGAUAUCUUCGAAUCAUAUGUCGCAGCUGUUUUGCUCUCAAAUCGAGAACAUGGGGUGGCACGUGCAUCGGAAUGGUUGA